GCAGUGUCGGCGCGGCGCGUCCUCCCGGGCCGCCCCUCCGCGGGCGUCAGAGGGAGGCGGGCGCCCCGCGCGGUGACGGCGUCGCAUGCGGCCGCAGGAACACUCCAUUCACUCCUGUCGCUAGAGAGGCCGGUGACCUUUUGGCCGCCCGCCUCGGAGGCUCAGAUGGCUCAGGCGAAGAUCAACGCGAAAGCCAACGAGGGGCGCUUCUGCCGCUCGUCUUCCAUGGCCGACCGCUCUAGCCGUCUGCUGGAGAGCCUGGACCAGCUGGAGCUCAGGGUUGAAGCUUUGAGAGAAGCGGCAAGUGCUGUUGAGCAAGAAAAAGAAAUCCUCCUGGAGAUGAUCCACAGUAUCCAAAAUAGCCAGGACAUGAGGCAGAUCAGUGAUGGAGAAAGAGAAGAAUUAAAUCUGACUGCAAACCGUUUGAUGGGACGAACCCUCACUGUUGAAGUUUCAGUGGAAACAAUCAGAAACCCUCAGCAGCAAGAAUCGCUGAAGCAUGCCACCAGGAUAAUUGAUGAGGUGGUCAAUAAGUUUCUGGAUGAUUUGGAAAAUGCCAAGAGUCAUUUAAUGUCACUGUACAGUGCUUGCUCUUCUGAGGUGCCACCGGGGCCCAUUGAUCAGAAGUUUCAAUCGAUUGUAAUUGGCUGUGCUCUUGAAGACCAGAAGAAAAUUAAGAGAAGAUUAGAGACUCUGCUUAGAAAUAUUGAAAACUCUGACAAGGCCAUCAAGCUGUUAGAGCAUUCCAAAGGAGCUGGUUCAAAAACUCUGCAACAAAAUGCUGAAAGCAGAUUUAAUUAGUUUUGAAACCUACAAGUACUUACUAUUAAUGAUGUGAAAACGAAAAAAUAUUAUUUUGUGUGAUAACUGUUCUUUAUGUUAGGCAUAACCACUCAUUUGAUAUGAAUGUUGUUUCAGAUGAGGGAAAUAGUCCACUGUCAUCAGUUUUGCAAAUAACAUAAUUAAGACUAGAAUUAUUUUAAUUACUUGUCUAAUUUUUAGACUGAAUUCUUGUCUUAUACUGGGAUCUAGAUUA